AUGGUCACCCGCCGCCUGGUGUUGCGCCCACCGCGGGACAGCGAUCUCGACAUCCUGCUGGCCCUCUACGCCGACCCGGCCGUGAACCGCUUCUGCGCCGCCGCGACGCCGCAUGGCCGCGAGGCGACCGAGGUGCAGCUGCAGGCCUGGAUCAAGCACUGGCAGACCCGCGGCUUCGGCCACUGGGCGAUUGCCGAGCGCGAACGGCCGGACACGCUGAUCGGCUUCGGCGGCCUGAUGCACCGCAGCGUCGCGGGCCAUGCCGGCCUCUACCUCUACUACCGCAUCACGCCGCAGGCCUGGGGCCGCGGCCUGGCGUCGGAGAUGGCGCUGUACGCGAUGGAUCAGGCCUUCGAUCAGCGUCAUGAGAGCGCCGUCGUCGCGGCGGUGCUGCCCAACAACGCUCCCACGCGCAAGACGCUGGAAGGCCUGGGCCUGCGCAUGAAGGGCACGUUGGCCGACGGCCCCGGCAGCGCCGCUGCCUUGCUGUAUGAGCUGACCGGCGACCGCUGGGCCAGCCUGCCGCGCGGCGAGCCGGAAGCGAUCGCCUUCGCGGCUUAG